AUUCAUUAUAUUACGAUCUCUCGGUUUAUUCAAAGAUUAAUGGUACCGUCCUGGUUGAAUUAUCUUGGAAUUUCUCCUUCCUAUAAGGAAGAUCCAUAUAUAAGAACAGUAUUUCAUUCCGUUGCAGAUGUCGGUGAAAGCGACCGAACUUUGUAUGCUACCAUUCAUAUAAAAGCACAAUCGUUUGUAAUAAAUGUGGAAGAGGAACUCAA